AUGGCACACUGGCGGUCACAACCCGCUGCCAUGAUGGGCGCUUCCGAGCCCAACCGUGUGCGUCGCAUUUAUCCCGAUAUGGUGACAGACGCCGGCGACUUGAGCGGCGUUGACGCGUUUAGAAGCAGUCAGUCGACCCACCGUCCGCAGGUCUACGUACAUGUCGAGUUCGGUAUCUCUUGGGCUUCGCGCCACGUACCAAACAACCAUGUGUUUACAUACAAGUCGCGUGGCUUGCGUGACCGGCUUGCUAACUUUCCGCGAGAAGCUCCGGAGCCAUCGACACACUAUCUGUCCAGCAGUGUUCCACCUGUCUCGCAACCAGGCUACUUUCCGUCCUUUGAUGGGUUUGCCACGCCGCACCAACAUGGCCAGCAGAAGCAACGCGAACGGCACGCCGUAUACCAAAAUCGAAUGGGCCUUCCGCCUGUCGAUGAGGAGACGCGCUCGUCGAGAUCCUCCAAGGACUCUCGGUCGUCUCAUGAGCGCGGACACUCAGCGCCACCACCGCUGAGCGGUAGCCCCUGGGACAUUACGACAGGCGACGCAUCGGGUCUACCGUUAAACGCUGGCGGCAGCAGGUACGCCGGCCCGACUACGGUUGGCCCGGCACGUGCUGGUCGUCCGCAGAUCUGGAAAGCUCUGCCCGAGCUGCCGACUGGCUAUCGACUUGGUGAAGGCCUUCCCUGGUCACAAGGCCUACCGGAGCCGGGCGUGGAUCCCGAUGACGAGCGGUUGCGUCCGAGGUCACAGCCUGAGGCUGGCGAUUCUUCGUCCAUCCAUCAAUCCCUUGACUACUCACCCUUUCGCCCCUUUACCAACCGCCCGACGGUCCUUCCCAUUCAACCAACGGAUUCAGGGGCACAGCGCCAGCUGGACAUUGAAACCCAGCGAAAGCGCAAUCUCGAAUCCCUCUCCAGCGCCAUGAUGACCAUUGACAACGGCUUCGAAAGCCAAUGGUGGAACCAGGGUGAGCGCCUGAACACCAACGCACACUCGCCAACCGCCCCGACUCAGUCGGUGUGGCCGUCGGGCAUGUCCUCUUCAGCCCUUCCAGUCUCCCUGGUUUUGCCUCCAUCCCUCCAGGGCGAAUCGGACGACGAAGGACAGUCUACCUCCGCUCCCAUGCCGCAGCAGACCUCUUCUCUCCCAUCCUCGCCGUCGUCGCCGCGACGCAUCCGCAUGCCUUCGCUUGGCUGGGCCAUUGCCUCAUCGCCAGUGUCUUCAGAACCCACCGGUGGCCCUAUAUUGCCGUCACCAUCCUCUAUUCUGCCGCGUCACCCGCAACGGGUCAGCAGUCUCGGCAACCACCGCACGAGCCAGUCCAGCCAGAACGUCGUGUCACCCGUUUCCCAGUUCACAGGCAACGACUUAUGGUCGCCUGAAACUCGGAACCGCCAGCUUAGCCGAUCUAUGACGACCCGUUCCGAUGAACUGUUUUUCACGACUGGUCGGUACGCUUGA